GAAGCCUUGAAUAAUGUAAAACUUAUUUUUUUUUAGGUGUGAAUCCUGAGGUGGCAGUCAUGCCUUGGUUCUGUAGUUGGUGUCUAAGAUUGGUUCUGACUGAACCCUGACCUGUGGCCAUUCCUCAAAGGGUACCCGUCUAAGUCCACUUGACGGUCUUCAGUAUGGACACCAAAGGCCAGAGUAGCACCUUCAGACGGGCCUCCCUCAAAUGCACUCCAUCUGGCUCGCAGAAGGCACAGAAAGCUUGGAUUGAGAGGACCUUUGUGAAAAGAGAAUGUGUUCGCAAAUUUCCCACAAAGGACCCUGCCAGGGGCCCCCCGGACCGACCGGUCUGUUCUGUGUGUCUACGUAGAUGUUCCUGUGAUCAGCUGACGUCGCAGCACGUGGCCAUCCCCGCCGGUGCCAACUCCCUAGAGGAAGCGAACCAGCUGGUGCAGAUUGACACCCCGAAGGAUAAAUGGAGUGUGAUCAAGCACACCAGGACCUACCUGACAGAUGCCUACGGCCUGAUUGAGUUCCAGAGCGGCGGAUUCAUCAACAAGGCCAUGUAUAUUAGAGUCUCCUAUGACACCAAACCUGACAACCUCCUGCAUUUGAUGGUGAAGGACUGGCAGCUGGAACUGCCAACCUUGCUCACCUCCGUCCAUGGAGGUCUCCAGAACUUCGACCUGCAGCCCAAACUCAAGCAAGUGUUUGGCAAAGGCCUGAUCAAAGCUGCCGUCACCACAGGAGCUUGGAUUUUCACCGGUGGGGUCAACACAGGUCUGGGUCAGGGGGUUCCUCUAGUGUGCAUGAUAGUGGAGGGAGGCCCCAACGUGAUCUCCAUCGCUCUGGAGAGACUGAGAGACGAUCCGCCCGUCCCCGUGGUGGUGUGCGACGGCAGCGGCCCAGCUUCCGACAUAAUAUCCUUUGCACACAAGUUCUCAGAGGACGGAGGGAUGAUCAAUGAUGAUGUCAGAGAGCAACUUUUGGUAACUAUUCAGAAGACCUUCAACUAUAUUAAAAGCCAGUCCCGGCAGAUACUGCUCAUGGUUAUGGAGUGCAUGAAGAAAAGGGAACUGGUGAGUAGGAGAGUAAACUGAAGGUGUUGAUAUCUUCAGGCUAUUCCAAGUCAUUUUUCUAAAUAACACGUCUGUGUCAAUAAAUAAAUAUCUCUGAGUUGUGAGGCAUCUGGUCUCCAGCGUCAUUUAUCCACUGCACUCAUCUGUGUAUGUCCAUUAACAUAUUGAAUAAACAUAAUCCCCACAGCA